GCGGCACGGACUAGGUAGUUCGGACUAGGAAGCCUAUAAUUUAUUAUAACAAAUCACUUAAUUAGAAUCAGAGUCAUAUCUUUUAUUUUGCAAUAAAAAUUGUUAAAGACAGUUAAAAGAUUUUAUAGUAGAUACUAAGGCACCCAAACAUUUGAUAAUUUAUUAAUCCAAAUUUGAAAAUAUUAAUGGAAGACUCAUGCUAAGAGGGCUGGCUGGGUUAACAAAGAUUGAUUUUGAAAAAAGCCACAGAUCAACAUUUUCUAAGAUGCUCGUUGACUUUUGGUUGUUAUCAUUCCACUUGUUUGUCUAUAUAUGCUCCAGUUGAGGUCAGUUGAAACUGAGUACUCAUCAUUUAUAAAAAACAGGUGCAAGAGGUCUCAAAUGAGUCAUGCAAAAUCAGUGGUCAUUGGGGGAGGGGGGAAAUGAAGGAUAAAAGCUGUAGGGGGACACUUUUCAUGUGCAUCUGGAAGCACAUUGCAACAGUUUAUCCUAGAUAUGGGUUUUGUCACCAGUAUUCCUGCUAUUCUGACUGCUAGAUUGAAUUACUGAAAUGUUCUCUACAUAGGUCUGUCCUUGAAGUCUAUCUGGGAAUUAAUACAUAUGUAUCUGACAGCCUACUCAUAUUAUUUGUAUUGCUGUAGCACUAAGAGGUUCCAGACCCAUUGUGCUAGGCACCAUGCAAACAUAUAAACUUGAUGAUAAUACACUAAUUCUCUGAAGACUUCAUUGCCUUCCUAUUUGCUUCUUAGUGGAAUUCAAGUUGUUGAUGUUGACAUAUGUAGUCCUAACCUGUUUGUAUCCUGGCUGUGUAAGAAAAAGUUUUCUCUGUGUCAUUUUAACAGUUUUGCUUAGCAGGAGCCCUCUUUCUAACAGUCUUUAAAUUUUAAACAUCAGAAGACUUGUGACAGGGCAUUCUCAGUAGUGAGCACUUAGCUUUGGACUUUUCCCCCAGUUGACUAAUAGAAUCAGAGUAAUAAAUAUUUAAGACACAGUGCAGAGCUCAUCAUAUCUCUCAGAACUUUGACUAAGCUGCAACUGGCUGGCUAUCCAGCUUAUUUUAGUGUCCACUUCUAUAAUGUACAAUCUGGACUGCCCUGUUCCAGCACCCUCAGGACCUGACCCAACCCAAAUGAGGGAAUUUGCCAGAUCAGGGGAGGUUCCCUGCCACCAGCCUCCCAGCACACUGCCCCUCCUUCCGGCUGGCUUUAGCCCUGCUACUACAGGACUCAGGCUUGGCUCCAGCCCACUGCUGCCUUCUGGCCAGGGCUUCCUGGGGCCCAAACUCUGUAGCUGCCCCACUGCUGUUGCCCCCAGCUGGGGCUCCUUGGGAAUGGGACUCAACUGUCUGAUGGUGGCGCUCCCCACCACUGGACUCUCAUCCAGCUUGCACUGCUGAGGCACCAGGGCUCUCUGGUCCAGCAAUACCUGUGAUCCUGCUUCACCAUGGAUGUUGCUGGACCAGAAAGUCCCAGAUUAGGAGGUUCAACCUCUACAUGAUGACUUAUGUUAUUUGUAACAUCUGUGGUGUUAGUAGGAUUUUUUGCACAUCUAAGAAUAAAAUAAAUAGUAUAACAAAGUGUAUGCAAGUGUAGAGAAAAUUAAUAAAAAUGUAUGGUAUAAUCAUAGUGAUUAUGUUACUGUUACUUUUUCAGGUUUAAACAUGUCUGAUAAGAAAAUACUUAUGAACAGAACACAUUAUAUUGAGAAACUACUUUCUGAAAACAAUUUCCAAGAUAUUGGAAAUCACCUUACAGAACUUGAAGCUGUUGAUAUGACUAUAGAGUAUCUUCAAGAGACAGAUGUUGCAAAAACUGUGUACAGAGUCCUCAAGAACUCUCCUGCAAUAAAAUUGAAAAAGAAAGCAAAAUAUUUAUUAUCAAAGUGGAAGACACUUUACAAAAAUAACUAUUUUUCAUCAGUUUCUGAGAGUGUGAAAGACCACAAUGAAUAUUUCAGUUUGGUUCCGCAAGAACAGAUAGAGUUUUCUGAAGAAAACCUUCCAAAAGAUGCAGCGUAUAUUAAGCCACAAAGCAGUGUGCAUCAACUGGGGCUUUUAAAAAAACAGCACACCGAUGAGGACUCUAAACCUGUUGACAGUGAAACAAGUCCACAGCAAGAACAUAGGAAGGCCAUGAGGUUUAAAUGCACAGAUCUUAUUUAUAAAGCUUUGACUGAUUCUGCCAAAAGCAAAGAGGAAACAGAUAAGUGUCAAGAAUUAUCCAAAGAAAUUGAACACCAUAUUUUUGCUCUGCAUCUUACAAAUGACAAAAAGUACAAAAAUUGCAUCAGAAGCAAAGUCUCUAACUUGAAGAAUCCUAAAAAUUCUCACUUAAAACAUAACCUGUUUUCAGGUACUAUGAGUCCAAAGACUUUUGCUGAGAUGACUGUGAUGGAAAUGGCCAGUGAUGAAUUGAAACAACUCAGGGCUUUGUACACAGAAUCAUCUGUUCAGGAACAUCAGCUUCCCCAAGCUAUUGAUGGCACACAGACAACCAAAAUAAAAUGUAGGCGCUGUGAAAAAUUUGAUUGCACGAUCACUAUGAUUGCCAGGGGAACUCUCUUUCUUCCUAGUUGGGUGCAAAAUGCAAAUCCAGAUGAACAAAUGAUGACUUACGUUAUUUGUAAUGAGUGUGGAGAGCAGUGGUACCACAGCAGAUGGAUAUGUUUGUGAUUAUUAAUCCUUUAAUAAAUAUCACUUAAAAGUGAGACACAUAAAAUGGAUAUGAAAA